GGAGUUUUUUGUAAAGUGCGUAAAAAAAAAUCACGAACGGACCUACAUCGUUUCCAAGUUUCGGUCCUUUUUUUUGUCUUCAAAAAGCUUCAGCAAGAACAAAAAUAUAAAAACGAAAACACUGAAAGGAGCGUUCAUGACAUCUCGCGGUACUUCGGCUGACAGGGAGUUGGAAGCACCACCAUCCGCCGAUUCUCCCGCAUUAGAGAUUCAGACGCUCGUACGCUCGUUUCUUAAGGAACACACAGCUUACGAUGUGCUUCCGGUGAGUUAUCGACUCAUUGUCUUUGAUACCCGUUUGCUUGUCAAGAAAGCAUUGGCUGGUCUGGUGCAAAACGGCAUUGUGUCGGCUCCUUUGUGGUCAAGCGAAACGCAUCGAUUUGCGGGUAUGCUCACAGUGUCCGAUUUUGUCAACCUGAUUCAAUACUACUAUACACAUGCAUCGGUCGAAGAUGCUUUACAAGACAUUGAAAAGUUUGAGAUUGGUCAUUUACGAGAUGUCGAGCGACGAGUCGGUGCCCCGGCACCACAACUGAUAUCCAUGCACCCCAUGGCGAGUUUAUAUGACGCGUGUCGUCUUUUGGCAGAAAGCAGAGCACAUCGUGUACCUCUGCUCGAUCAUGAUUCACUUGGCACGGAAAUGAUUAUCAGUGUUGUUACCCAGUAUCGUAUCCUCAAGUUUAUUGCUGUCAAUUACAAAGACACGCGCUCUUUACGGCGAUCUCUAGCCGAACUCAAGAUUGGCACCUAUGAAAAUAUUGCGACGGCAUCCGUAUCAACACCUGUGAUCCAAUUGAUCAAUAUAUUUGUGGAUAAGAAGAUCAGUGCAGUGCCUAUUAUCGAUGAAAAUGGAGUGGUGCUGAAUGUUUACGAGACAGUAGAUGUCAUGAGCAUAGCACGAACAGGCCGGUACAAUGAAUUGGACAUCCCGGUUGGAGAAGCUCUGGAAGCGCGUCCAAACGACUAUCCUGGCGUCCAUACAUGUACUUUGAAUGACACGCUAUACUCUAUAUUUCAAACAAUUCGAAAACAGCGAGUGUAUCGGCUAAUAGUCGUUGAUCAAGACAAUAAGCUUGAAGGCAUUGUCAGUCUAUCCGAUAUUCUUGGGUAUCUCGUAGGAUAUCAGCGUUAAAAAAAGACUUAGACAAUCGUGUAUACACAAACCCAGCCAUUUAUUUUCCUUCCCAUACCACAUUUCUCGCUGUACAUAUGCUAUAACACUUUCACAUCUCCCAAGAAAACAACGAAAUCACACUGUCUCCCUUUUUCUCGGUCCCUCUCUUUCUGACCCCAAAAUCAACUACUAUUACAACUACUACUACUACCAUCCCUCCCCCUUUGCAAUCAUAUACGCGAAUCAUCUGACUUUUUUUUUUAUAAAUAUAAACAGCAAUUCAACAAGGAAGAAAACAGUAGUGUGAUUAUGCAAAUUGUUUGUUCGUGCUUCGUGCUCGGGCGAGUUGCAACGAAUAAGCGACGUUAGAUUGGUUGGUAACAGGCGAUAUAAAGAAAAGAAACAACAGAAAUACUAUGGCAACAAAAAAGGAAGAGAGAGAGAGAGAGAAGAGGAAGAAGAAAACGGAGAGUAAUGGCAGGUAUGUAUAAGGUGGGAGAAUAUGAGACGUGGU